AUGGCUACGUUCAAGGAGCUCCGAAAGGAGCAGUUCGGUCAGCUCGCCGCGCUCGAGGGCCAGAUCGAAGGGCUCCAGCAGGAGCUGGCCGGCGAGAGGGCCCGGUCGCAGGGCGUACAGGAGCAGGUGGGCGAAGCACGGCUCGCGUACGAGCAGAAGGAGCGCGAACUCCAGGAGAUGCUGCGAAUUGCGCGCGAGGAGGCGUCGGCCCUGGAGAGCGCGGCGGCCCGAGCGGGCACGCGAGAGAGCGAGAUGGCGACGCGACUUGACGAGCUGGAGGCGCAGCUGGCGCGUCGAUCGGAGGAGGAGGCGGUGGUGAUUCCAAGCGCGGCGGCCGCCCAGCGGAGCGACGAGGAUCGAGAGGCGCGCCUUCGCGAGCGAGAAGAAGAAAUGCGAACAGCGACGGAGGAGUGGGAGCGAGAGCGAGGGGAACGCGAUGCGCGCGUCGAGGCGCUCACCGCGCAGCUCACCCGGGCGAACGGAGAGCUGGCGCAGCUCAAGGCGGCACUGGCGGAAGGCGAAGAGCGGGCAAGGCUCACCGAGGAACGGGCGGCAGUUGCAGAGCGGACCCUGGCGACGGCCACGGCAGAGUGGGCCGAGCGCCAGGGCCAGGCCGAGCGACUCUACGCCGAGCAAGGCGCCGCGUUGGCCGAGCUGGGGGCGCGACUGGCCGCCUUUGAGGAGAGGCUGCCCGAAAUCGAGAGCCGGGCCGUACGCCGAGGCCGCGAAGAAGUGCAAGGCGACCUGGAUCGACUGCAGGCCGAGCACGCACUGCUCAGCUCGCAGCUGAAGCAAGCGGAGAAGGAGGCCCGAGCAUACAAGGCAGAAGCAGAGGCACUGCGCAAUGAGCUCGCCCAGGUCGCGCAGAAGCCCGCAGGCGCAGCGCUCGCCUCGCACCCCGGCUUUCAGACGAGGAGGAGGCUGGAGCCCGAGAUGCGCGCGGCAGCCGACGUCAGCAGUCCAGCAGCCGCCUCGGCGGACCACGACACGAGAAAGGUAAGGAGGCGCAGCGAGCCCGACAAGGAGCAGGACAUAACCGACCUCCUGCAGAGCGACGACGUGGUCCAGACGCGGCCCCGAACCAUGCCCGCCACAACCAGCGGGCAGAGCCUGCCGGCCGCAGCGUCUGCCGAUCACCGCACCGACCCUGUAGAGUAUUUGAGCGAAGAACUGGUGCUGUAUAUGUUCUCGCGCUUGUCCGCACGCGACUUGCUGUCUCUGACCCGCGUCAAUCGCAAGUACCGGCGAAUUGCGAGCGACGCCUCGCUGUGGCGACCCAAAUGCCAGCGCCUUUGGCACUUUCAAGAGAGCGAAGGCUCCGCCUACACAGACACCGACUGGAAGGAGGUGUACGUCUACCGGCACACCCACUACAAGCAGGUCUCGUGCGUCGUCGUGGGCGACGAGAAUGUCGGAAAGAAAACGCUCAUCACCGCCUUCGAAGGCAUGGUCACGCAAAAGGGGUGGAAGCGGGGCCAGGAGAGGGAACGCUGCACGGUGUGCGUGGAGUCGCUCUUCGGAGUGCCCACCAUGUUCCACCUCACCGUACUGAAAGCAAAUCCGCCGGACCCCUGCUCGGAUCUCAUGCACCAUUUAGCAGACCACCUCACGCGCACGAAGGUCGACGUCUUCCUUCUGUGCGUUCCGGCCAGUGGCAGCGUCGAAGCCACCAAGUCCCGGCUCGAUGCGCUGGAGAGUAAGGUGUUGCCCGCACUGGACGCCCUGUGUCCAGAUGUCCCGCGCAUCCUGGUGGGCACCGAGACCGAUAUCAAGGAGGAGCACUACGACCACAGCCACCCCACGGCGAUCCCCAUGUCCUUCUCCAACUUUGUCGAGAGGCACCACUGCCACGCCGCUGUCCUCACCUCCGCCAUGAGCAAUCGGAACCUCGUGGAGUUGUUCGACAUGGCGCAGAGCUUGGUGGCCACCCCGAACCUCAGGCUCAAGGUGUCGCACGACCAGGUCGUGGUCAUGAACCAAACCAUCCGCAGCAAGGAGAGGAAGCCGCCACGGAGCACGGCGCUCGGACCCAGGGCGUCGACCCAGUACGGCCACCCCGACGCGGUGGCCCCGCUGCCCACGCCCCUCCAGACGUCGCCGUCGUCGCCCAGGCGGCAGGGCGGCGCGCCCGCAAGGGGUGCUGCCUCGCCCUACGUCGCUCCGGCCACGGCCACGCCCUCGCCGUCCACGCCCUACGGCGGCCGGGGAGGACCGAGCGCCACGCCCUACACGCCCUACGGCGCCUCGUCGUCGUCCCUCUUCACACCGUCGCCGUCGACGCCGGCCGACGGCCCGCCGCUGUCGCCCUACCUCUACAACCAUCCCGUCUCGCAAUCGACCCCGCUCCCCACCACUGGUGCGGGCUCGCCCCUGGCGUCGGCGGCGUCGACGGGAACCACCACGCCCGGGAGCACGACGCGUAAUUGGCGGCGCUUGCGGUCCUCCGCCUCCGACACGCCUCGCUCCCAACGCGACAACAAGUGCGCCCUCCAGUGA